ACCUUUGGACGCUUAAGAGCGAGACGGAUGUCUUUCAUUGCGCAUUCCUAGAAACACCUAUACUGUACCCUCCUCAUUUUUGAUCCUCACCAGAGACCUUUGUAAGAUUAGAUCUCCACUAAAACCCACGCGUGCUCAAAAAUCUUUAGCACACCCCAAUUGAGCUCCUAAUCAUUAUUCCGGGACGCUGACAGCUUAAAUUACAAGCCCUUUCCUAAAGGGCAGCAGCAAAAGACAAACGUGGCGUAUUUUUAGAAACCAAUAUCCCAUCCCACACCACUUAUCCCUAUACCAAUUAAAAGUAAUCUCGCCGAAAAUCAUCUGGAUACGGCAGAAUUUGCAUAUGUGACGCGCCAGAACUUGCAGGGCGGCUAAUCCAGCAAAACGGAAACCUCCAACCUGAUCUGGGUCAAACCUCUAGUUUUUAUUUUUAUUUUUACCCAUACGGCUGCUCAUACAACAAUAAACACAGCGCAACCGCCUAUUAUAGACCUUUCAAAUGUGGAGCCUCGUCAGAUCAAUCAUGCUCUUCCUCCUAUCGCCCCUCCAGUAUAUUGUCUAUGAGAUCGAAAACUCUCGCUACCCCCUUCUCAUCACCGACAAGCCUCAUGUGCCUUCCUUUUUUAGGUCUAAAACUGAUCCCAAAAUAGUCUUUGAUCCCAUAACACAGUGCUGGCCGUAUGAAGUGCAGAUGGGGCACUUUCUCUACCACCAUUUUUGUGCCCAAUCACUGUCAGGGUGUUCCCCUGAAACGAACCAUAUUAUUUAUGAAAAAUACCCGAGGGGCUUGGUGGGGGUUUGGCAGAAAGGAGUAGAGCGCAUCGCAGGGUUUCCGGGUCUAGCGCGGGGCAAGCUUUCUUGCGUCGAUGCGUAUGCGUUCCUCCGUGCCCACGGGUAUUUCGAGCCGGUGGAAGUUCGCGUUUCAAACCUGUCUUUGGCAUAUGAAAUUAUCGUUUUUUGGCUAGUUUUUUCUCUUCUUGUGGCCAGUAGUUGGUAUAAAAGGUGGCGUAGAAACAGCCUGUCCUGGGUGGAAGUUACCCCACUUACGCCAGAACCCGAGAGAAACGAAGCGGCAAACUCUGAAAAGUCUCUCGCUUCAGAAGAAGAGACUCGGUAUUCCCCUCUUGAUGCAAUCUGGGAGGAACUGGAAAAAUCUCUCGCCAAUUUCCCGGCUUUCAAGGGAACUGGGAGAUCACCCGUUACGGACGACUUCCCGUUUCUCGAAGGAACCUCCGAUAGUUUCACCUUCAGUCCGAUUAGCGAAGGUAAAAAUUUGAGGAUUGGUCUAAAGUACGUCAAACCCGUACCAAAAACUUCCAAGACGAUUAGCUCGUACUUGAACCAAUUACCCAAAGUUCCUACCAAGCAAGAAAGAGGUGUGAUGGAGACCCCAUUUUACGGGAAAACUGCCGUCACCAACAUCAUCUCCUCCGUGGAACUUUCUAAGUAUCACAAAAGGGACUACGAUUCGUAUUGCAUGAAACGCAGUUCUUUAACCUCCAGAAGCUUCCUGGGCCAGAAACGGCCAGCGUACUUGCAAGACAGCCAGGAGUCUUUACCAAGCCUGGGUGAGCUAUGGUCCGAGCUGGAGAAAGCAGGUGUAGACGAUACUCCUGAAGGAAAUCAGUGCCUAAAGCUCUAUGAAAGUUGGGGACCUCAUGAGAUAGUUUACUCUCCUCCGAAUGACGGCGCUCCAGAGCUAGCUAGCAAGUUCUCAGAUGAACUUUCUGGUGGGAAAGUGGAGGAAAUAGCUCCUUUGCGAGAGAAAUGGAUAGCGCUAAGCGCCCCGCCACGGCUUCUCUCCUCCAUCAGCUACCCCACCAUGAAGUUUCCGCGUGAAAAGGCACCUCCUGAAAGGGAAAAUCUCAGACUGGAAGAAGAACUCUGCUUGGAAUCUCCUCUGGGGACUGCAUCGAUAUUUUCCCCGCCCUCGCUCAGUUCCCGCAAAAUACGUUCGCCUGCUAUCCCGGAGAUCUCCUCGCCAGUGGAGAGCUUUUUGUUGUGUAACCCCCCAUACGUGAACCAAUACCUUGAGACGGUCUACGGUAAAGAUCCAGUAGCUGCCUUGGAGUCUUCGUGGUACGUUAGCGAGACCAAAGAUGGCCUAAAUCACACAAUCGAUAGCUUACUUGCACAUCUCGGCGAAAAAGACAAAAACUGGGAGAUGUUAAGCGGAGAUCUAGAGAAGAUGCUGUGCCUUUUGAAGAGAAAAGACACAGACCCCAAAAUCACCCAGCGACUCAUAACACUCAUCGAGCAGAAUAUCGAUACAAUCGUAGCAGUUACUUCGACUGGAAGACCCUCGUUCUUGAAAAAGGCAAUUUUAUUUGUGCAGGACGUGGUGAUCUACUCUGGCAAUGGGGAAUUGAGCUCGCAGAGCUUUACCAAGCUCUGCCACUCUCUUUUCCACCUUCACCGGCUGCUGAAGAAUCGGCUAAUCUUCAAAAUGGCCACCAAAUCACUCUGUUUGAUGGUGGCAUCUGUCUCGUUUGUGGACUUUAUGUACUAUUUUGAAAGGUUGUUCCACGGCUCUCUUUUAUCUAAAACCUCACUGGAGCGGAGUGCUGCGUUGCAGGUGUUGAAGUUUGUGGUCUGCCAUCAUCGGGGAUAUUUAAAAGCGGACAUGGGCAAGCUUGUGGAUUCGUUUAUCAUCCAGUUGAGGCCGUAUAUACCUCGACUCUCAUCGGAUGUACAGGUUUCGGUGCGCACGGAAAUUGUGGAAUUGUAUCUCAUCCUUCUGAAGCUUGUGCCGCAGCCUGUUAGCUUAGCUGUCUUCUACAACCUGCUAACUGAUGCAUGGAAAAGGCGGAUCCGGGAUCCGGAAAAGGCUGAAUAAUAUAUCUUCUUGCUUAUACAUCCUCUAUAGUCUGUUAUUUUAAUAUGCUAGCCUUUCAGAACCUGUUAAAGGGU